UCUCUUGACCUGGCAAGUUAACGAGUUCCAAUUGAUUGCGUGGGAUUUCCAACACUUUCAUAAUCCUUACGAGCACAACUCUCAAGUUUAACGGCUACGCAUAGAGCUUUCUACUACACCACACCCCCCCCCGCCCAUAUUUCGCAUAAGCAUCUCCAAGCGUUGCUGGCAUCCCUGAUUACGGCCUGUUGGUGAUUUAGGUCGUGGGCGUUGCGACUUAAAUACACGACAAGAAGUAAAAGACCUCACCAUGUCGAACCGACAAGCAGCACUAUCUCUCUAUCGACGUUCUCUUAAGCUAGCUCUCGACUGGGCUGUUCAUCGAAGUCUAUGGCGUGGUCAAGCUCUCUACAUCCGAUCCCUCUUUGAAGCGAACCGUAACAUUACAGAUGCUAGAAAACAAAGGAUAUUACUUAGCGAAACAGAAAAGCUGCUAGAGACGUGGAAACACCCCGACCCUUUUUGUUACCCGACAGCUCCGGGAGGAUCUAAAUUUGAAAGGAACUUAUCGGUACCUAAUACUAACCCUCCACCGCCGCUCAAAUUUUAAAAACCACCCAGAUAUUACACGAAGGAAAACGGAUGGUGCCAAUCUGUAUAUAGGAUGGAAAAACUGCGCCUAUGUAUUAAACAAAAAUAAAAGAAACUAACGAACUACUG